AUGUGGCUUCUUUUAGCUCUUUUACCGUCUGUAGUUUUAGCUCAGAACACAUUCCAAAAUACAAUUUUUGAUCUACCUGCUCAACUUGGUGGUGAGCCAGUUGGAGUCGCUGCUCAAGCUCAAGGAGCCCCACUUUUUGUUCAAACAGUAGAUCAGAAACCACCAGCUCCAGUGGCUGCUCAGCUACCAAAUGCCGUACCAGCAGCACCACAACCUCAAGCUGUAACUCCUGCUCCAUUCACAUUCCCAACACUUCCAACUGUUGCUCCAUUUACCCUUCCUAGUCAUCCAACAUUGGCUCCUUUCACUCUUCCAACUCAUGCUCCAUUCACAUUCCCAACUCAUCCACCAUUGGUAUUCCCACCACCAUCAACACCUGCUCCAUUUGUCCCACCAAGUCCAUACGCAUUUGUUCCUCAACAAGGAUAUCAACAACAAAAUAACUUCCAACCAUAUAAUGGAUAUCCACAACAACAACAACAAAGAAAUCAAUAUUACAACAACAAUGGGUACUACAAUCAGCAACAACAGUACAAUGGAUACAACAACAACAACAACAAUCAACAACAACAAUACAAUGGAUACAACAACAAUAACAACUACAACCGACAACAACAACAACAACAACAAGUUGUUCAACAACCACAACAACCACAGCAACCUCAACAACCUCAGCAAUCCCAGCAGCCACAAGUUCCACAUCAACCAGUUCAACAAGUUCAACCACAACAACAACUCCCACAACAACCUCAACAUCAAAACGGUGGACCGCAACAAGUGCAAUCAUUUGAAUCAAACAGUCAAAUUGUUCAACCCGUCAGAGCAGUUCAAGCAAAUGCUCAAGUUGUUCAACCAGUUAUCAGACCAGCUGCCAAUGCAGUUGCUACAGCCAUCGUUGAUACUGAUUCAUCUGCAAAGAAGGCAACAGAAUUCAACAAAGCUAAUGGAAUCGAACAACCAAAACCAGCUCAUGCUGAAAAAGCCUCACUGGACGCUGAGGUCGAUGCUAAUGUUGAUCGUCAUUUGUGGUUUGCCGCUGACUACGAUGUGAAACAAUGCCGUAAAAGUCUCAAUGGAAUCGGAGUCCGCUUCCAAAAGAAAUUCCCAUCGUAUCUUCAAAAAGGAGGAAAAGAUAGAGAACUUGCUGAAUUAGUUGAGCAGAGACUUCUUGAAUGCGAAAGAAAAUCAUCAGCUUCUCAUUGGGAUAAAGUUGAUACUUUACUUCAGAAAAUUAGUUUGACUAAGAGCGAAGAGGGAGAGUGCCGUGCUGGACUUAUCCAAGAGAGAAUCUCAUGUGUUAAUCUUCUGAAAUAUACCUGUCAAUUCGUUGAUUCCUCUUAUCAUUUCAAGUUGGUUCCUGCCAGAAUCACUAUUCAAGAAGCUCGGCAAGCGGAGAGUGGAGCUGAGAAAUGCCGACAAGUCAUUCGUAUUGUAAAGCAACGAUUGGAAUCAGGAGCUGUCACUUUAUAA